AUGAGCAUCUCCUUUACACUCAAUGGAAAAUAAGUUCAAUCAAAACUCAAUGAUACAUUUGGGGACAUUUUUGAUGAAUAUGUUAAAAAUGGUAAGUUUUUAGAUAAAGUAUGGAGAAUAAAUGAUCAACAAAAACUGAUUUAAAAAAAUAUAAAGAUAAGUCAAUUCCUUUAAGGAGGUGAAAGAGUUGAAUGCUUGGAUAAAAAUUAACAACCCUUCGUUUCUUAAUAACCGCCAACAAGUCCAUUUAUUCCUUAACAGCCAAUAAGUCCAUUUGCGGCAUAACCAUCCAAAAUAUUUUAAUAACCUUAAAUUCCAUCUAAUAUACCCGCUCAAAAUUAACAAAAGCCAAAUAGUCUUCAAGAUGUCUUAAAAGAUUAAGCAAAUAAAAUGUUAGUAAAUAAGAUAGCCAUCAAAAGAUAAGAAAUUAAUGAUACAAGCGGUAACAAAGAGACAGCUGUGAAAACUAUAAAAGGAUUUAAGAUCUAAAUUAAAGAAUAUGGAAAAAUAGUCACAUUAGAAUCAGAAGAUGGAUCAUUCAAAGCUACAUUUUUAGAAGAAAAUGCUUCAGAAGCCGAACAAGAUAAUAUUGUCUUAUCUUUUAAUGAUAUUAUUUAGUCCCCAGAAACAUAACUUAAAUUAGCUAUGGGAAGGAAUCCAUCAUAAUCAACUAAAGUUCUUUUCUUAUCAGGUUUUAAAGGAAUUGCUAUCAAAUGGGUAACUGGACUCUAAACUAAGUUUUAAUUCUGGCUUGAUGAAUGAAUAUUUAAUUAUCACAUAAUCAUUAAUUAUUAUUAAAAUAUUA